ACCUCUAACAAAACCAGUGUUGUCAUUUCCAAUGUACUCUCCUAAACCAUCGAAACUCAAAACCCUCGAAAUCCCCAAUUUCCCCAAUUCGCUCACAACUCUCCAGGAAAUUUCUUCAGCAAUGGCCGAUGAAUCCGAAACCCGAAACUGGCUGAAGCUUCCACGCGACGUGACGGCGGAAAUUAUUUCUCGUGUCGGGAUCAUUGGAAUACUGGACAGCGUGCAGAAAGUCUGCACUCUGUGGAGAGACAUCUGCAACGACCCCUCCAUGUGGCGAUCCGUUGACUUCCAUGAUGUGGGUCAUUUGUGGUGCGACGUUCGCCAAAAAAUGUGUAUGCGUGCCGUCGAUCUCAGCAAAGGCGAUUUGGACUACAUCAACAUUGAGGAUUUCGGAACUGAUGAUAUUUUGGCCUAUAUAGCUGAAAGAUCAAGUCGUCUUCGACGCCUUCGGCUUGUAUCUUGCUCUGAUAUUUCGGACGAGGGUUUAAGGGAAGCUAUUUCUAAACUUAGCUUGCUGGAAGAACUAGAAAUUUCAUACUGUUAUUUUUCACCAGCUUCUUUGGCGGUUGUUGGUAGUUGUUGUCCUCAUUUGAAAUCAUUCAAGUUCAAUAAUCAGGAUUAUCAAGGAUUCAACAUCCGCAACCAUUGUGAUAAGGCUGCACUAGCUAUUGCACAAACUAUGCGCGAAUUGCGCCACCUCCAGCUUUUUGGGAAUAAAUUGUCAAAUUUUGGUUUGGUGGCAAUUCUUGACGGUUGCUCUCACCUUGAAUCCCUUGAUUUGCGUCGUUGUUGGAAUCUUACCCGACAAGGGGAUUUGGAGAAAAGAUGUGUUGAGCAGAUCAAACAUCUACGGGGACCAAAUGAUUCCACCCAAGACUACGAAUUUUACGAGGCCUACCACAAAUUUUAUUCUUCUGAUGAAGAUGACCUAUCUGGGCUUUCGGAGGCAGAUUUAAUGUCUGGUAGCGGCCAUGAUUAUGAUCUGGGGUUCUCAGAUGGUGGUGACUACCCUUUUCCCUAUUUUGAUGAUUUUUGGAGAUGAAGCAGAAACUCACCUGGAUGAGGAAACGAGGGGUAUGUAAGAUCUUCACAUCCAAGCUCCAAGGGCAUUCUCUAUCAGUGUUUGAAGAUAGCUAAUGGUCGAAUAUUGGUUGACAGUAUCAUAUAAGAUGCUUCUGCAAUGCAGGCUAUUGAACUUUAUUAGGCAUAUUUCUAAGUGAAUCGUGAAUUACACAACAUUUUUUUUUUUUUUCUAAUAGGUUAUGUACCCCAGCAUGUUUAUUUUUUCAUUUCAAGGCUGUGCAUCUUCGUAACAGU